GCUUUCUAUGUGAGAGAUAAUUUGCUGCGUACCAGAUAGGCAGACAAUAAGAAGCUUUGCAUACGUUGAGGUAGAGACAGAAACUUGCUGAUUGUCAGACUGGAGACAUCCAUUUCUCCGUAUUUAUCUGUCGGAUUUUGACUCCUGGGUCGGAGAGAGCUGCCAAAUGACCUCCAGAACCAUAUAUAGCCUGCUGCUCCUUUUCUGUGUCCUGAUGGGGGCUAUAUCCUACCUGUACCUCAUAGGAGACCAAAAGACGACCACAGACCUCGUGAGUCCAGGAAAAAACGAAUCAUUGGAGCCUUGCCCGGGGAUCUCGCCAUAUUUAAAAGGGCCAAUCCAGGUCCAGUUACCAAAGUCCCUCAAGCUGGAAGACGUGAUACAGGAGAACCCCAAUGUGACCCAAGGAGGCCGCUACGAGCCCGCCGACUGUAUCUCCAAAAAGAAGACCGCCAUCGUCAUCCCUCAGCGGAACCGAGAGCGCCACCUUAAAUACCUCCUGUACAAUUUGCACCCGUUCUUGCAACGCCAACAGCUGAACUACGGCAUCUACGUCAUCCAGCAGGCGGGCAACUUCACUUUUAACCGCGCUAAACUCAUGAACGUUGGCUUCAAAGAAGCCAUGAAGGACGAGGCCUGGGAUUGCUUGUUCUUCCAUGACGUGGACCUCAUCCCCGAAGACGACCGCAACCUGUACACCUGCGACGGGUUCCCCAAACACGUGUCUGUUGCCAUAGACAAGUUUAAUUACAUUCUGCCCUACCAGUUGUGUUUCGGGGGAGUCUCGGCGUUGACUCCUGAGCAGUAUGAAAAAGUCAACGGAUUUUCCAACAAUUACUGGGGCUGGGGCGGCGAGGACGACGACUUAGCGACACGAGUUCAAAUCGGCGGCAUGCAGAUAUCUCGGCCGUCCGUCCUUGUUGGAAGGUAUAAAAUGAUACAGCACGUUCGGGACCAAGGGAACAAGGAAAACCAACAACGGUUCCACCUUCUGGGACAGACAAGGGGGACUUGGAGACAAGACGGUCUAAACACCCUCCAGUAUAAACUGCAGUCCAAGGAGCUUCUCCCGCUCUACACCAAAAUCAUGGUGGACAUUGGAACAGAUAAACUUGCUCCAUCAAGAAGGUGAGACUGGAACCCGAUGUAUACCGAUCGCUUUGCCCAAUUUUCCACACUCCUUCCUCUCUAAAACUCCAUUGGCUUUUACUCAUCCCAAGACAUUGUAAUCUUUAUAUAUCUUUCUAUCGUUCCAUGAUUAGUCCGACAAGUCUUGCCCCCCCGGAGUCAUGGCUUGGAUCAGAUUUUGUUGGUCAACCAAUCACAGAAAAGUAAAAUUUUGUUUAAUUGGUUUGUAUUUAAUUGUUAUCUAUUUUAUUUUGUUUUCUUAAUACAAAUUUUACAAAAACAA